GGUGGGGUGAGUGGACCAAGUGGACGGCGUGCACGAGGAGCUGUGGUGGAGGUGUGAAGUCCCAGGAGAGGCACUGCCUGCGGCAGAGACGAAAGUCGGUGAGUGGGCUGGCUAAUAAAACUUGCACUGGAACAUCCAAAAGAUAUCAGCUCUGCAAAGUACAAGAGUGCCCCGCAAACGGAAGGAGCUUUCGAGAGGAGCAGUGUUCAUCCUUUAACUCCCAUGUGUAUAAUGGAAGAACGUAUCAAUGGAAACCUUUAUACCCUGGUAACAAGACAUUCUUUGUGUGUUUCAUAAUGCUUAGCCAAAAUGUUUUGAUAGUUAUGAUGCUAUAGACUGCGGGAAGGCUCCUCCUCUGCUGUUUUGAAGUGACUUUUGUCAGGGAUGCAAUCAGCUGCCUCCCAGGUUCAAAGGAGGGCUUUCCAGCUGUGGGGUUACUUAAACAUAAAACAACAAAACCUAUUUGUGACAGAAUCCUCCAGCUUGUUUUGGUCACUGCUCCCAAGGAAGGCAGGCCGGAGGAUGGGGAUGUGGGGUGAUGCUCUGUGCUGGCAGGGAGCAUCCACCUCACCCAGUGCGUGGUGAGCUGGGGCUGCUGCUGGCUGCAGUGCGUUCCUGUGACAUUUGCUCACUCCCACACAACGUGUGGGCUCUGCCAAAUGUCACCGAGAUGGAGUCAGUUCGGUCAUCUGGGGUGAGAGAGACAAAACUGCAGGGAUAACUGAGGAGUCAGGCUGGGAUAUAUAUACUUUAAGAGUAUUUUUAGGCACCUAACUCCCACUGAAACCGAGCUUUAAGAGAAUCCCAGCCAAUUCCUGGGGAUACUGGGAUUCCCCUUGGGAGCUUAAGUGUCUGAAAAUAGAGGAUUUAGCAGAGUUUUCUUGCUUGGGUGUCUCUGUAGAUACCCACUGACAGUUAUGCUUCAUGAUGCUCCUUGUUGCCUCCCUUCGAGUGACACCAGCCCCUGUCUGCAUCCCCGUGGCAGGGCUGUGUGCUGGGACGUGGUCGGCUCUGCUUGGCCUCGUCCCACUCCUAUGGCAAGGUGACAAUUUCUAUGAACAUAUUCGCCCUUCAAGCUGAUGAUUCACCAGAACAGUGACAGUGAAUUGUUUUGUUUUUUAGCAGGCGCUCACGUGUCUCCUGGGGGAUUGGCAGGAUAAUGUUUUGCCAUUGAUGCUGUCUUGGGCCAGUGGGUAUAUCGCUGCUCCCUCCUUGUGCAGUGCAACGCUUGGCACGGGGCUCUGCUGCACGCAUGGAUUUGUCUCUUGCUUCCUGUGGGUAUUGUAAAGCAUCUGCAGAAAGCAAGGGGCAAACUGAGCCCGACUUGGGAGAAUGUCGAUGGGAGAGAUCUGGAGUUAUAAGCUGACGUGGUUUUGAAUAGUCUCGUAUGUCUAUUUACAACAACUAAUGUAUGUAUUAAAUAUUGAUAAGUGAACGUGCAUAGUGUAAUGUGUACUAUGUGGCUGCACGCCCUUGCACAGCACAGUGGCUGUGAUGCUGGUGGUACCUUUGCCAGCAGCAGGUGCAUCUCAUUCCAGCACUGGGGCUGUGCAAAGGCUUGCAGCAGCGGGCUGCCGGGAGCACAAUCUCCUGUCCAACCUGCAGGCACAAGAGGUUGUGGCUCCUGCAGCACUGGCUGCCGUGCAAUUUGUGUUGCUGCUGCUGUUGUUUAGCUUGGCAGAGAUUGACAUUGGUAGGAUGAAAGUUAUUGUGUUUCUGCUGUUUUGAAUGUGUCUCUAUAUCCUUUCCCCUUAGAUGACUAUGUUCACAUUUCUAGCAAGCCCUGUGACCUCCAUUGCACCACUGUGGAUGGUCAGAGACAAUUAAUGGUUCAGGCUCGGGAUGGAACAUCCUGCAAAUACACUGAUUUCCGAGGGGUUUGCGUGUCUGGAAAAUCCAAUUGGCUGCGAUGGCAUUCUCUUUUCCACCCACACCUUGGAUAAAUGUGGUGUUUGCCAAGGAGAUGGGAGCAGCUGCACUCAUGUGACGGGGAGUUACCGGAAAGGAAACGCUCAUCUGGGCUAUUCCCUGGUAACGCACAUUCCUGCUGGAGCAAGGGAUAUCCAGAUAGUGGAACGGAAAAAAUCUGCAGAUGUUCUGGCUGUGGCUGAUGAAGCUGGGUACUAUUUCUUCAACGGGAAUUACAAAGUUGACAGCCCAAAGAACUUCAACAUUGCAGGCACGGUGUUCAAGUACCGCCGGCCCAUGGACGUCUAUGAGACUGGCAUAGAGUAUAUUGUUGCACAAGGACCAACAAACCAAGGAUUGAACAUAAUGGUCUGGAAUCAAAAUGGCAAAAAUCCAUCCAUCACGUUUGAAUACACUCUCUUGAGGAAGCCACACUCAAAUCUCCAGCCCAUCUACUACACCUUUUCUGAGUCAGAUAGCGAAGAAAGCAGGGAGUUUGAUGGAGACGUGCCAUUGGGUUUUAUCCAACACAACGCAACCUAUUUUGGGAAGAUCUCCAGGGAAAGGAUAGACUUGGAGAACCAGGUGUUUGGAAGACAGGACACGGAGGAAGAUUUAAACUUGAGCAAAGGUCAGGAAACCAAUGAGGUCUAUGAAAGAGCAGAAACAAUUGACUGUGAGCCAAAACUGAAGGGCAAACAACCCAAAGGUUCUGGUUUCUGGUGGGUGGGGGAUGCCAUGGAUCCAAACGUAACCAGGUCUACUUACCAGACAGACCCUGAUGACAGAGACUUCGACCCCACGUUCACCUCCAGGGAAUUCCUUUCGGAGAAUGCCAUCACGGACAAGCUGUUGGACAAGACCUCUGACUCGAAGGAGUUGGUGCUCAACAUGACCAUGAACAGCAUCUUUGCCCAGGGAGACCCAAUCAACUCUGUGGGGUCCCACAUCGACAGCCUCUACGUUGACUACGAGGACAGUGAUGGCAUUGUGACCUAUACUAUCAAUGGCACCUACAUGGAGCUGAGCAACAGCAAAGCCGUCAAUUCAUCUGCAGAGACACCGUUUUCAAAUGCCACUGUCACCAUGACCAGCUCUCAAGGGAACAGAACCCACAAAGCAAGAAACAGAUUGAAGUUGUUAAGAAAGGGCCAAGGUGUGAGUGCUGCUGACAUGUACAGGUGGAAGCUUUCCUCCCAUGAACCCUGCAGCUCUACAUGCACCACAGGAGUGAUGUCCACGUAUGCUAUGUGCGUCCGCUAUGAUGGGAUCGAAGUGGACGAUACGUACUGUGAUGCCAUGACCCGUCCUGAGCCCGUCCAUGAGUUCUGUGCUGGGAGAGAGUGCCAGCCAAGGUGGGAGACGAGCAGCUGGAGCGAGUGCUCCCGUACCUGCGGCGAGGGCUACCAGUUCCGCAUCGUGCGCUGCUGGAAGAUGAUCUCUCCAGGCUUUGACAGCUCCGUCUACAGCGACCUCUGUGAGUCAGCUGACAUCACCCGGCCCGAUGAACGCAAAGUGUGCAAGAACCCGGCCUGUGGGCCACAGUGGGAGAUGUCUGAGUGGUCAGAGUGCUCUGCGCGGUGCGGUGAGCGCAGCGUGGUGACACGGGACAUCCGCUGCUCGGAGGAGGAGAAGCUGUGUGAUGCCAGCGCCCGGCCCCUGGCUGAGAAGAACUGCACCGGGCCUCCCUGUGACCGCCAGUGGACCGUGUCUGACUGGGGACCGUGCAGCGGUGGCUGCGGGCAGGGCAGGAUGAUCCGGCAUGUGUACUGCAAAACCAGCGAUGGGCGCGUGGUGCCGGAGUCACAGUGCAACCUGGAGACAAAGCCAUUGGCCAUCCAUCCCUGCGGGGACAAGAACUGCCCAUCACACUGGUUGGCACAGGACUGGGAGCGGUGCAACACCACGUGCGGCCGGGGUGUGAAGAAGAGGAUCGUGCUCUGCCUGGAGAUUGUCAAUGGCAAGAUCAAGACCCACAGCCCCACUGACUGUGACGUGGCCAAGAAGCCUGUGGAGGAGACGACGUGCUUCGAACGGCCGUGCUUCAAGUGGUACACCACCCCCUGGUCAGAGUGCACCAAAACCUGCGGCAUCGGUGUGAGGAUGCGGGAUGUCAAGUGCUACCAGGGGAAGGACAUCGUCCGCGGCUGCGACCCUCUGGUGAAGCCAGUGGGCAAGCAGACCUGUGACCUGCAGCCCUGCCCCACCGAGCCCCCAGACGACAGCUGCCAAGACCAGGCAGGAACCAACUGUGCUUUGGCCAUCAAAGUGAACCUGUGCAGCCACUGGUACUACAGCAAAGCCUGCUGCCGCUCCUGCCGCACACCCCACUCCUAGUGCGGGGCUGGGGCCCGCAGCCCUGCAGGUGAGCACUGGGGAUGGAUGCUCCUUUCCUCACUCCACUGGCACGGCUUGCUUUCAGAGCUGCUGUACAUUGGUUAUCAGAGCUGUACAUAGGAUCGUGUAUAUUUGAUUCCCCCCCCCAAUGACAGACAUCCACGUGGUUUCACAAGGUCUUGUCCUUUUGGUUUCUUUUGCCUAUGCAAGUGUGGGGUGGGCACGGACCCAUGGGAGUGAAAGCACCAGUGUGUUCCCUAGGGGGGGGGGUGAGUGCCUCCUCCCUGCUGUACCCCAAUGCUUUCUCACACUUAACAUGGUGGGAAGCAGGUUCUGAACUCAAGCCCAAGCCCUCUUUUGUAAUAUGUAGGUGUAUACUUUUUCAGAGGAUUUUAUCUUGUAACCAAAUGUUAGUGCCAUAGUCCUUAACCCCCCCCCCCCCCCCCCCCCCCCAUAUUGCUGACAUAUUGUAUAUAAUAUGGAAACAUAACUGCACUUUAUAUCACAAAAAAAAAAAAGACGUGCUCUUUUUUAAUAUAUUUGUUUACAGACAGUGAACUUUAUCCACGUAAUCAUGAAUUUGUACUCAUAUGUAUAUUUUAAUAAAGUUGUCAUAUUUAUGGUGGUA